AUGAACCCUAUAUUUCUGGAGCCCCAUCUCGUCGAGCCGGGGUCGCCUCGGAAAAAGUCACGGAAUGAUGCUGCAACUGGAGCAUCCGCCGCGGGCGUCCGCGCUCUCAGUGCACAAAUGGUUGCUUUCUACUUCAGAGCCCCGAUCAAGGCUUUCUUCCGCACUCGCGUUGAAGCUGUGAACCCCCGUGUCGCAGAUGGCAAAUGGUCCAUCCAUACCACGACUCCUGGGCUAUUGGUUCAUGCUGUCAAGACAUAUGGAUGGCGUUUCAUUCCAAAUCAAGUCCUGCCUCCUUUAAUGGCGAACGCUGGAGUCGGAGCCGUCUUGUAUACGUCCUAUUUACAGGUCCUCGGGGCCCUUCAUGAGCCGGUAUCCCAAGGAGCGAAACGAGUUUGGCCUCCUGCACCUCCAUCGGCAACCUUCACCGCUGGUUUUGCUGCUGGCACGAUUCAAUCCAUAGUGGCGGCUCCGUUAGAUGCCCUCCAGGUUCGUUUACAGACCAGUGACAUGCUAGAGGGACAGUAUCGGAGCAUGUGGCACUAUGGACACCACAAGCUGAAACAGAUUGGCCUUCGAGGGGUUUUCGCUGGCUGGAGUCUGUCCUUCUUGCGGGACUCGCUGGGCUAUGCUGUCUUCUUUUCUGCUUUUGAAUAUAUCAAAUCGCAGGCAUACUAUUCCUUUAUCACUCAGUACUAUGGAGGACUCCAUGUCGAUCAUCUUGAGAUGCUUCCUUCCCCCGGAUCGAGCGACCGCGGGGUCCCACUCAUCAAGCCACACUAUGCCCUGGAGCCGUGUUUUCUGAUGAUGGCCGGCGUGGUGGCAUCAGUUGCCCAGCAAGCCAUCCAGCACCCUCUGAGCCGGAUCCAAGACUUGCAUCUGGGCCGGUUGGAAUAUCUGGAUCACCAGGCGAGCCUGGAUCAUUCCCGGAAGCAGAUGAUGCGGCUAUAUUAUCACGCCUACCAGGAAACCUGGAAACGAUGCCGACGCAAAGCCACCAGGGCUGGCGGCUGGCGGGCGUGGCUGUUCCGAGGCUUUGCAGGCAGUGCCCUUCGGCAAGUGCCUAGCACUAGUGCGGGCCUUGUGAUUUUCGAGCUGGUACGACGACGCGAGAAGGGAAGCCGUCGAUCCUCGCUCUCGUCGAUUCGCUCGGGCGAGUCAGAGUUCUCCAUCUGGUCAGAUACCGGGGAUCUUGCCGAGCAGCUCGCCGAGGCCGAGGAUCCCCUUCAGAUCCAUCUCCGCAAAUCCCUUGACCGACAACUCCUCGGACGACGAGGACGGAGGAAACACUCGUCAAAGCGGGUCCACUACCCGCCAGACCUCGACCACGGCGUCGCCUGUGACUUUGAGAAGGAGAUCCAGAUCCCCAAUCCCCGACCCCGGCGGAUAUCGAGAGUCGAGCGCAUCUUAGCCGGCAUCAUGUCCCCCCGCAAUGGGCAGAAUGCCCAAAUCCAUGGCUUGGUAGGAAAGCCAUUACUCUACUUCACCAGUGUCUUCGUAUCCCUCGGCGUCUUCCUUUUUGGCUAUGACCAGGGAGUGAUGUCCGGUAUCAUCACUGGAUGGUACUUUCGAGACUACUUCGACCAACCUUCUCGAGCCACCAUCGGCACGGUUGUGGCCAUUUUGGAGAUCGGAGCCUUUAUCUCUUCGAUCCUGGUCGGACGCAUCGGUGACUUGAUCGGCCGUCGAAAGACAAUCCUCUAUGGCUCGGCCGUGUUCUUUAUUGGUGGGGCCCUACAGACGUUCGCUCUCAAUAUGCCCAUGAUGAUGGUUGGCCGCAUCAUCGCUGGUCUCGGUGUCGGUGCCUUGUCCACCAUCGUCCCCGUCUACCACGUAUGGGUGGACUACUUCUGUAGCUUCAUCGAAUCGGAUUACUCGUGGCGCCUGCCAUUGCUUUGCCAGUGCGUCAUGGGCGCCUUACUCGGCGUUGGGAGCUUGAUUAUUUGUGAAUCUCCCAGAUGGCUCCUGGACAACGAUCACGACGAAGAAGGCAUGGUGGUUAUUGCGAAUCUCUACGGCGGGGGUGAUAUCCACAACGACAAGGCUCGACAGGAAUACCGAGAGAUCAAGAUGAAUGUCCUCAUUCAGCGACAGGAAGGCGAACGGUCAUAUGCUGAUAUGUUCAGACGUUACUGGAAGCGGGUUUUGAUCGCCAUGUCAGCACAGGCCUUGGCCCAGCUGAACGGAAUCAACGUGAUAUCCUACUACGCGCCCCUAGUCUUUGAAUCGGCUGGCUGGGUUGGCCGUGACGCGAUCCUGAUGACUGGAAUCAACGGUAUUAGCUACCUGCUGUCGACCAUCCCACCGUGGUACCUAGUGGACGGGUGGGGCCGCCGGCCGAUCCUCCUCACAGGUGCGGUGGCCAUGCUGAUAUCCCUGUCCCUGAUCUCAUAUUUCAUCUAUAUCGAUAUUGGCGCCACCCGCACUUUGACGGUUAUUUUCGUCAUGAUCUAUAAUGCCGCGUUCGGAGCGUCCUGGGGUCCGAUCCCAUGGUUGUACCCGCCCGAAAUUCUUCCUUUGAGCAUUCGCGCCAAGGGAGCCAGUCUGAGCACUGCAAGCAAUUGGGCCUUCAAUUGGUUAGUAGGAGAGGUAACUCCAGUUCUUCAGAGUGUGAUCAAGUGGCGCCUGUAUCUGGUCCAUGCAUUUUUCUGCGCUGGCGUUCGCCUGGAAGAUAUGAAUGUCUUGUUCGGCGACGCGACGACUGCCAUGCCCACCCCCGUGACAGAUGCCGAGCGGAAUUCUCUCAUGGGUGCUGGUUCGCCUGUGCCUUCGCUCGAUAUUCGUCGGCAGUAUGGCCAAUUCGGCACAGAGAGCGCCAUUCCCGGGCUCGACAUCGAUCCACCGUCCUUGAGCCAUGGUGGCGCCGGGAAAUCCUCUCAUCAGGGCAGUCAUCGCGGGGAGGGCAUUGGUGGUUGGAUCUCCAACAUGGUAAAUCGUCACCGGGGAUCGAGUACUGGCACUAGUCCGAGUCAAUAUAGACGCCUUGAGCAGGGAGACGAUGGCGACGAGUAA